AUGAGCGCGGACCUGGAGCGCGUGUCGCUGAGCUCUUCGUCAGCGGGCUCUUUGGCUUCCAGCGCGCGCUCGCUGUCCGCCAACGUGCGCAAGCUUCACGACGCGCUCAACUUGCUGCUCAGCGAGCUGGAGCGCGAGCAGUUCGUGCACUGCCUCAACGUGUACCACGCCAAGCGCAACGUCUACGACCUGGUCCAGACGCUCAAAGUGAUCCUGGACGCGCCGAGCAAGCGGCAGCUCCUCCCCAUGCUGCGCCUGGUCAUCCCGCGCUCCGACCAGCUCCUGUUUGAUCGCUACACCUCCGAGGGACUCUAUUUAAAGUCAGAUUUGCUGCCUAGUAGGAACGGCGAGCACGAGACCGCCGCCGCCGCCGCCUCCUCCUCCAGCUCGGUUAAUAACACUGCGCUCGCGCGUUUCCCUCUGCACGGAUCCCCGGAUCACCAGAGCGACGGGACAUCCACUGCGCUCGUCCCGCUGCUGGGCAGACAUUUCCUACCUGAACCCCCUGGAGAGGUCAGACACGUGACCCUGAAGCGACACAAAAGCAACGAAGGUUUGGGCUUCAGCAUCCGUGGCGGAUCCGAGCACGGGGUCGGGAUCUAUGUGUCUCUGGUGGAGCCGGGAUCCAUGGCCGAGAAAGAGGGACUGAGAGUCGGUGAUCAGAUCCUCAAAGUGAACGAUAAAGUGUUCGACAGGGUCACACAUGCCGAGGCGGUCAAGGUGCUGAAAGGCAGUAAGAAACUGUGCAUGUCGGUGCGCUCCAUGGGCCGCAUCCCAGGCGGUUAUGUCACAAAUCACGUGUACACAUGGGUGGACCCGCAGGGCCGCAGCGUCUCCCCUCCUCCAGACCUGCUGGAGCACCGCAGCGCGACCCUGAACAGAAGCCACGGCCAACAGCGCAGCCACAUGCAGCUGCUGCAGGACGGAGACGAGAAGAAGGUGAAUCUGGUGCUGGAUGACGGUCGCUCUUUGGGUCUGAUGAUCCGUGGUGGAGCCGAAUACGCUCUGGGAAUCUACAUCACUGGAGUAGAUCGAGGUUCUGCAGCAGAGUGUGGAGGGCUGAAGGUGGGUGAUCAGAUCCUGGAGGUGAACGGACGGAGCUUCCUAAGCAUUCCUCACGACGAGGCAGUGCGCGUGCUCAAGUCUUCACGUCACCUCAUGAUGACCGUGAAGGAUGUGGGACGACUGCCUCAUGCCCGCACUGUGGUGGGAGAGACCAAGUGGAUUGCCAGCUCCCAGAUUACAGAGAGCUCGGCCAGCAGCAGCGUAGUAGGUCUUUCUAUGGAUCAGGGGGCUUCAGCGUCAGGAAAGACGGGCUUUUAUAAAGGAGUAGCCGGUUCUCAGGUGACUCUCUCCAGUCUGGUGAACCAGAGUAGGGCCAUGCUAGAGGAACAGGCCAGACACCUUCUUACUGAGCCUGAGAGACAGACCAUGAGCUACUACAUCCAGGAAUAUCGCAACGGACACGUUGGAGUCGAACAGCUGGUCAUGGCCCUGUUUGAGCUCCUCAACACACAUGCCAAGUUCUCGCUGUUGUCUGAAAUGCGGGGGCUGGUCAGUGCACAGGAUCUGGAACGUUUUGAUGCACUGGUGCUUCGCAGGGAGAUUGAAGCUCUGAAGGCUCGACAGGGAGCAGCAGGGGGAGCAGGAGUACACACUGACUCCUUCUCAAUGGUGUCCUACCCUGACACACUGGCCUCCUCCUCAGGCAGCUGCAUGACCAGUACCACACUCAGCUCUGCACGGGAGCGACUGCUGUGGUUGAUUGAUAUGAUGGAGAAUGACAGAACAGUGGAGACUAAUGGAGAAGAUGCCCAGGAGAGUAGAAACGCCCUUCCUGACGUCUCUCUGGAUGAGAUGGGGUCAACCUCAGAGUCCCCACCUUCCUUCAAGCCCCCUCCUCCCCCUCGUGUACAGCGCCGCCCCAGUCGUAAACCCGCCCCCAGCAAAUGCCCUCCGUCUGACUCCUCUAACUCUGACCUGCACUUCACUACCCCUUCCACUUCGUCUACCAAAGACUACACACAAUCCAAACACCCUCCUGAUGACCCAAAGAAGGGGCCUCAGUUGGCUCAGCUCUCCAUGGUGAGUCAGCACUCGAUUGGUCCUUUCCCACGCGUUCAGUCCCCCAGUAGGUUGAAACCGCCUCCAGCACCUGCAGUCCCAGCUCCCCCUGCUCCUCCACCACCCGUGAGUCCAGAAAAACCCAAAACCGCUCCUUCAUCCCCAUCUUCCAACCAGCACUUUGUCAUGGUGGAGGUGCACAGGCCCAACGCAGAGCCUGAUGUCAACGAGGUCAGACCACUUCCCCAGAGCAGAGGAUCCACUCUGUCUCAGUUCUCGGACAGUGGACAGGCGCUGAGCGAGGACAGCGGUGUGGACAUCGCGGAGUCGGGACGGCUGAGCAAGGAGAGCAGUCCACGUCCUGCCCGAACUCGGCCAGUGAGAGAGAGCGCAGGGGGAGGGGAGGGGAGCGCCAUAAAACCGCCCGGUCUACUGGAGCCCACGUCAACUCUGGUGCGAGUGCCGAAGAGCGCCAGCACCCUGGGUAUCGCGAUUGAAGGCGGAGCCAACACACGCCAGCCCCUGCCACGCAUCGUCACCAUACAAAGAGGAGGCUCAGCUCAUAACUGCGGGCAGCUGAAGGUGGGCCAGGUGAUUCUGGAGGUGAACGGGAUCUCUCUGAGAGGACAAGAGCAUCGAGAAGCAGCCUGCCUCAUCGCCGAGGCCUUCAAGACCAAAGAGAAGGACUACAUUGACUUCCUCAUCACGGAGUUCAAUGUGGCAUUGUAA